AUGGAUUGGGUUCAAGACGAACACACCACUCCAUAUGAAGAAACUAUCAACGGCGAACUCACGGCGAAGAACGCUGGAGGAAGUAAUUUGCAUCCCACGUUCAUGUUGAAUCCACAAUAUCAUCUACGAGUCCCGAGAGUAUUCCCUUCCAAAACAGAAUCAACCAGUCUAUCGGCAAAUGUAAUCCUUACACUAUCAGCCCAAAAGUCGAUGCCGAUGAAUAUCACCAUUGUAUGGAGUGGAGGAUCUCGGGUAUUCGAAUUGACGCAAAGCGAUAUUGUAGCAACGUCCGGUUCGUACUCGUACGGUUUCGCUCGCCUUUGCAGGUCGUUGCAACCUGGAGACUAUACCGUGAUCGUUUCUGCCUUUGAACCGCAGCACCUCGGUCAUUUUACGCUCUUGGUGGAAUGCUCGGAGAACGUGCGCCUCGAACCAAUACCCCAAGAAGGAGCAGGAAUGUAUUCCAAAGUGGUCCGAGGGGAAUGGGCUGGAGACUCUGCUGGCGGAGGCCCGAACAGUCCUAUGUAUGGAUCUAAUCCGAAGUGUGAGAUUUAUCUCAGCGCGACCACCCAGUUGAGUGCUCGUUUGCAGCUCCUCAUAGCAGCGCCCCCUGUCCCGCUCAACUUGACGCUCUUUCCUGCGACGUCGAGUCAAACGUUGUCGCGACAUAUCGCGACCUCGGGACCCUACUCCGACGCGACAUGCGGUGUGCUACUCCCAUCGACUACAGUACCGGCGGGCACGUAUUGGCUAGUUCCAUCGACGUACGACCGUGGCGUCGAAGGGACAUUCCGGAUAAUUGUGUAUGCCACGGCGCCUAUCACAAGGAUCUCUAUGAGAUAA